CAUUAAUCACUUGUGUCAGCUUUAAGCUGUACAGGUAGUGUGCAUAUUGUCAGAAUUUAAAAGAAGGGUGAAUGAGAUCAGUUAGUGUUAGUCCUUUCUGGAAAGGGAGGGCAACAAAGCAAAAUCAACAUCUCUGCUACUUUUAACAAAUAUGCAAUAGAAAACUUGCCUCCAGGGAAACAGAUUUGCUUUGGCAAAACAAUCUGCUAGAAGCAAAUAUGAGGUGUACCAGGGCAACAGCCCUGAUCUGAAAAUUCUACAUUUUAGAAAUUAACUGUCUUUUAUUCUUAAAGUAGUCAGCAAGUUUCGAAUGAGCAUUCUCUACAGGAUACUGGGGAUGCCUGGCAGAAAAGUUGCCCACAUGGAGAAAGUUUCUUGGGCAAGGGCCAACUUAACAAAUGCAAGCAGGCAAGCUUUGUGUCCAGACUUGUGUUUCGGUUUAUGCUGGUGGAUUUAAUGUCCUGAGAGCUCAGGCACCGAGGCAUACAUUGCAGCAAAAAUACCACAGUACAGUGUUCUUGGUUUCAUUCGCUGCCGUGUUUGAUGUUGGAGGAUUAAGGGGAGGGGAAAGGAUCAGCUACCCAGGAUGCUCUGUUAGGAGGAGUAAGUGAAUUUGAUUGUCGUCAGAACUAGAUUGCCAUAUGAGUUCUGAAAAGCGUUUGGCUCCUGAGGAUAACAGCUCUAAAAAUAGACUUGGAGGAGAGGUUUCUCUUGGGUCCAGUUUCGGGCUACAGCUGAGCUGGCUUUAGGAAACUUGUUUGCUCCUGUUGCAAGACUACAGUGAGGAUAAAUCGUUUCUUAUUCUGCUCCCAACAUUAAUUUUUGGAAAUAUCGACGCAUUCGCUCUGUCUUUGGAGAUCGAGCACUAAUGUAAUGGCUGACGACACAGAGACUAAACAUGGAGGAAGCAAGAAUGGAAAGAAAGAUGGCCUCUCUGGAAGCUCAUUUUUCACCUGGUUUAUGGUAAUUGCUUUGCUGGGAGUUUGGACAUCAGUAGCAGUUGUCUGGUUUGAACUUGUAGAUUAUGAAGAAGUUCUAGCCAAAGCAAAGGAUUUCCGUUAUAACUUGUCAGAGGUCUUACAAGGCAAGCUUGGGAUAUAUGAUGCUGAUGGAGAUGGAGAUUUUGAUGUGGAAGAUGCUAAAGUGUUGCUAGGUGAGGAGCCAGGAGGGGUAGCCAAGAAAAAAACUAAAGUCAAAGGCCUUAAAGAAAGAUCUGUCCCAGCACAGCCACCAUCACCAGAAUCUGAGACCACCCCAGCUGCUGAGAAGUCGAAUGUUGAAUCAGAGCACAAGAAUGCUGACGUAGAAUUGGAAGAGGAAAUCCAGUCUGUUCUUCGUGAAGGUCUCCAUUCCCAGCCUGGAGAGAGACAUGAAGAUGUAGAUGAAAGUAUACAUGACCAGUGGCAAGUGAAAGAAGAAAAACAUGGAGAAACUUUUGAAGCUCCUACAACAGAUGACUUGCUCAGAGAAUUAGAGAAUGAAAUUCCAGAAGCGUAUGAGACACCAGACUCAGUUCCGAAAGAUGCUGAUGUUUUGGCAGAUGAUUUUGUAGCAGUGGAGAGUGAACCAUAUGAAGCUCCAGUUUCAUAUGAAUAUGAUAUGGAUGUGGAAAAGAUAGUAAGUGAACCAGAAGCUCCAGGUGACUCCGAGUUAAUGCCAGAAGAUGCUGUUGAACAUUACACAGAAGAUAAGGUGCAUGGCGAUUAUAACGAAGACCAUGAACCAAAGUAUGAAGAACUGACUGAGACUCACGAUGCAGCUGUUGAGUACCUCCUGGAGGAGAUGAAUGAAGCCACAGAACCAGCAGUAGAAAGUAAGCAUGCAGAAGAUGUGGCCACUGAACCAGAGGAAUCAGAAAUGCCUGUUCAAGCUGAGGAUUAUUCAAAUGAUGAUCUAGUGGGGAAAAGUGAAAAAGAAAUUGAAGAAGACAAAGCAGAAAAAGCUAAAAAGAAGAAGAAGCCAAAGCUCUUAAACAAGUUUGAUAAGACCAUUAAAGCUGAACUAGAUGCUGCAGAAAAGCUACGUAAAAAAGGAAAAGUUGAAGAAGCUCUAAGCGCCUUUGAAGCAUUAGUGAAUCAAUAUCCACAGAGUCCUCGAGCAAGAUAUGGGAAAGCACAGUCAGAAGAUGACUUAGCUGAGAAAAUGAGAAGUAAUGAGAUGCUGCAAAAAGCUAUCAACACCUAUGAUGAGGUGGUCAGUCUGCCUAAUGUCCCUUCAGAUCUGAUAAAACUGAGCUUGAAACGAGAAGCAGACAGGCAGCAGUUUCUUGGUCGUAUGAGGGGUUCCCUGGUUACUCUACAGAAAUUAGUUCAGCUGUUUCCCAGUGAUACUUCAAUCAAGAAUGACCUUGGUGUUGGCUACCUCUUGAUAGGAGAUAACAGCAAUGCCAAGAAAGUGUAUGAAGAGGUUCUAAGUCUGGCUCCAGAUGAUGGCUUUGCCAAAGUACAUUAUGGCUUCAUCCUGAAGGCAGAAAACAAGAUAGCAGAGAGCAUACCCUACCUAAUGGAAGGACUGGAGUCUGGUGACCCUGGCACAGAUGAUGGACGCUUUUAUUUUCAUCUGGGUGAUGCCUUGCAGAGAAUGGGAGACAAAGAUGCAUACAAGUGGUAUGAGCUUGGAUACCAAAGAGGUCACUUUGCAUCAGUUUGGCAGCGCUCCCUCUACAAUGUCAAGGGACUGAAAGCUCAGCCUUGGUGGACAGCAAAGGAAACUGGUUAUACAGAACUGGUGAAGUCCUUAGAAAAGAACUGGAAGCUCAUUCGGGAUGAGGGGCUUGCUGUGAUGGACAAAAAAAGAAACCUCUUCCUGCCUGAAGAUGAGAAUCUAAGAGAAAAAGGAGACUGGAGCCAGUUUACCUUAUGGCAACAAGGAAGAAAAAAUGAGAAUGCUUGUAAAAGUGUUCCGAAAACAUGCGCUUUAUUGGAAAGAUUCCCAGAAGCUACGGGCUGCAGAAGAGGGCAGAUCAAAUACUCUAUCAUGCACCCGGGGACUCAUGUCUGGCCCCACACAGGGCCCACCAAUUGUCGGCUAAGGAUGCAUUUGGGCUUGGUGAUACCUAAGGAAGGCUGCAGAAUUCGGUGUGCACAGGAAAACAGAACCUGGGAGGAAGGGAAAGUUCUUAUUUUUGAUGACUCCUUUGAACAUGAGGUAUGGCAGGAUGCUGAAAAUUAUCGCCUGAUAUUCAUUGUGGAUGUGUGGCACCCUGAGUUAACAGCACAACAGAGGCGCACCCUUCCUGCUAUUUAAGGGGUUCCUUCUGAUGUGUGGAGCAGAGGAGCUUAAACUCCUUUGGAGUACGCCAAUAGGAUUAAUUUAUCCAGCAUACAAAGAAUACUAUUAUUUUAAAGGUUAGAAAAGAUAAAGAUGACACUCUACAAUCACAGAGGACUUGAUUUAAAAAAGGAAAAUAAGAAGGAAAAGAAAAAAGCCGUGUUUUGUUUCAUACUGAUACAGCACUGAUAUGUAUUGUUUUUACGGCUGCAAGUUUGAAAAUACAAAUUUUGUCAGCCAAAGAGCAAUACGUGUGGAUUUUCAAACUGAGGAAUGUGCAGAUGUUUUUCCUAUGCCUGUAUUAUGUGUACAAAAAGCAGUCACCUGCCUGGCCUUCUUCAGGUGCAAGAUUUGCAUUUCUACAUCCUGGAAAUGUUUGCUAGGAUUUUAUCUGGGAAGCAACAUGUCAGAUAUUUAUAAACACCUGCACACAACCAACUUUGAAAAUCAGUAUGCAGCUGUAACGUUAGCUGCUUUAAGGCAUUGAACGUGUCCCUAUGUUAUCACCUGUAGAUAAUGUGAAUGGGUUAUGUGUGUUUUGUACUUUUUCUACCUGAGUAACUGUAUUUUUCUAUCAUAAUUAUGAACAAGCCUUCUUCAAUCAACCACUAUUUUUUAAGAACCAAUAUAUGUGUAACUGCAUGUCUAACUAUCAGCAGAAGGAAAACACUAUGUAUGAGCAAAUUUCAUUUUUGCCAAGUGUGGCCUUCUCUUGCCUUCCUGGAAAUGCAAACAGAAACUUGUGUAAUCAGCUGCUUAGAGAAGCUUUAUUCUUCUAAACCAAAAUAGUUCUCUUAGUUAGCAGGCAACCUUCAGUUUGGUAAUGUGAUUUUGGAACAUGUUGAGCAAAUGUGACAUCUCUAGGCUCAGAUCUUAAAGUGCUUGACAGUUCUUAGGAUUAUGUGGUGAACUGCUGCUUUUCCUAUCAUUACAAAAGCUUAUGUUGUGAUAUCCAUUUUCUACUCAGCAAGAGUCUGGGGCACCUUCUUCCAGGGGCUUCUUCUAGGCUGCCCCUGGUUGGUCAUUCAGCAGAAAAAAAUAUAUGAAGUAUUUCUUGUCCUUCGGGCAGAAGGACAAGUUCUAACUUCGUUUUCUGCCAGAAUGCAGAGCUUCAGGUUAUUAACUUGUAUUGACUUCUGCUGCAAGCAUCCUACAGAGUGCUAGAAUGAUCCCUUAAUUGUCCUAAUGGUGUUUUCCUUGUCUUGAAGUAUAUGACAGAAUGCUGAAGUGGUCUUUUCCCAGUACUGUUUACAGUAUGCUCUGCAUUUGCCAUAUUGCAUUUACAUAUGUGGUAAAAAGGCCUAUUUUCAAGAAAGCAAGCUGGUUGGAUAUUUAAGCAGUCGGCAAGUCUUUUGGCUCUGUACUGUUUAACAGGAAAUGAAGGGUGCAGGACCCUUCACCCUCAACUUGUAGGAACACUAACAGGAAAGACAGACUGGAGGUUGUGCUGAUGGUGAUGGGUGUCAUAGGAUGCUCAGGGCUUGUCAAGAGCUGUGGCAUCAUCACUGAAGGUUGUGAGAGACAAACACUAAGCAGGGAGACAUGGAGGUUCCUUCGUCUCCACAGCUUUGGCUGUUCCACACUGGACAGUCAUUUGUUUAAAGCUCAGUCAUUUUGUACUGCAGAGACCACAUCACGGUACCCAAGUGUCAUGACCAGAAUGCCACGUUUGCUGAAGUAAAAUAUAGAUAGGAGUUUUCAUUCCCAUACACUGAAUGCUUUUCAGAUCUUGUAUUUUACUAGAUAAUUGAAUCUUGUAAUGCCAUGUAACACAUGGGGAUUGCACCAUACUUUAGUGUAACCAGUUUCUGGAGCUGUGCACUUUAAUUUCCUUUAUGACUAUUAAACUGCUAAGCCCUCUCUGAUCAGGAGUUUUAGACAGCUAUGAUAAUCGGGCUUUAAUAUGUUGUCCAUAUGAAAAACAACACUGGGACUAUACACAAUAUACAAGAAAGUAACGGUUCUCAGUUAAUCAUCAUGACAACAGAGAAGAUUUAUAAGAUUCACACUUAAGAAAAUAUAAAAGUACUUUUGGAGAUCUUUAGGAGAAUUAUGUGCAAAACUGGAAAUAAGGUACUUGUUAUUGUGGGGACUCAUAGUAAAAUAGUUGUUUAGUCAGAAGCUGUAUUUUGUAUCUCUGGAAAGUGAUCAAGCAGUACAAAUUAUAAGCUAUUUUGUAAUUAUCUAAAAUAAAGACAUAGUUUGUAAAGAAGGAAUCAAAAAUUAUUUGAACAAAAAUUUGUGGUUUAGGAAUAUUUUUAUUAAUGUUGCAUUUUAGUUUCUAUACCUCAGAGUAAAUACUAAAGGAGUUAUAAAAGCUUUGGAGCUUUAUUUAUAAAAAUCUAUGCCGUCCUUCAGAUUUUUUUCAUUUUUCCUUUGAAGUCUCAUACUUUAUCUUUUCUGAUUGCAAUUGGCAAACAGAUAAAAGUAAUCUACCCAAGAUGUGUGUAUGCCAGAGUAGCGCUGUUUAUUAAAUUUUGUAGUGACAUAUUGCCCAUUUAAAGUCUUAAGUGCCUUGACUAUGACAAGGUGUGUUAUAAACAGCUACUGCAACACUGAAGUGAAUCUACUCUGUGCCUCCCUCUCAAGGAGCUGAGUGCAUGUAUUUUUGUUAGGUACAGUUAUUGGAUUAGCUAUAUACAUGGGGAGGAUAUAUAUAACAAUCUACUGAAACUAUGCAGUGAAUAAGUAAUAUACUAUUUUAGGCAUUCCCAUUUGCCAACCGGUACUUCAUCUUGAAAAAGCUUUUCAACAUUGAAAAUGCUAAUGGAAGAAGUGAAUGGAAAUGUUUUUAAAUGAAGAACCAUUGCAAUUUAAGUAUUUUUGUCUUUAGAUUUAUUUACAGAGGGAAAUGAGAGAGGAGAGCAAUAUCCCAAGGAGAGCAAACUCCUGUUUGUAAGGGAGUACAUACUCAUCAUGAUGUUGGAGGUGGAUUCCUCCUGGCCUGUAGUUACCUUGCUUGUCUGUAUAAAUAUUCUACACUUAAAUACUGGCAUCAUGCAGUUAAAUACAAGACAUCGUAUGUAUUUAUUCAUGCCACAGCUAAAGAAAAUAAAUAAUUCUAAUCCUCUGUGAGAUUUAAUCCUCAAGGGCUGUAUUUGCACUUCUUGGGCAGAACGAGUCCCACUUGAAUGAACAGUGAUUGUAACAGGUCAUCACAAAGAUGCAGUGGAGUGAAGUGUAUUAACAGAGAAAAAUCAUAAACCAAAGUAUUUCUUCAUUAAUGCUGCAGUAUAAUAGCCAGUGUCUGCCUCUUUUUGGUUUUGUUUUGUUUUUGCUUUCUGCUUUAAGCAAGUUCUCUGUGACAAAUCCAAAUGUCUGUGAGUCAUCAUGAGUGCAAGGAAGGGAAGGGAGCUGUGUCCCGUUACCAGGAGUUGACAUCCUGUUUUUCUGUAAUAGGUGGUAAUGCCAGGGAAGGGGCAAUGCGAGAAAUCCCAAAGACAAACAGCCUUAGUUGUCUUAAUUGUUUAAUGUUCCUGUAAGCUUUUGCUUCUUUUUCUGACUCCUUUGUUGCCUUCCUGGGAUCAUCCACUGCCUUAAAGACUUGUUCUCUAUCAUGGAGACCAGGCUUUGUAUCAAUGAGAUGCUGCUGCAGGAGAAGGUUAGCAUGAGUGAGGCUAUUCUGUACAAAGACCAGUGGUAAGUCCCCAGUGUGUUGAUAUGAUCUGGAUAGGAUCUGUCAGAAUGUCCUUUCUUUUUACCCUGUGUGGCCAUGAAAUAUUGUUGUAGAGAAAGGCAGUAUUUUGUUACUCCGUCUGUUAGGGCUGACCGUGUCCAGUUGAACUAUAUCAUCACUUCAGUGUAUCGCUUCCAAAUUCAGCGGAUGUUCCAGAGGCAUGUUAAAAGCUCUUGUGCCCAUCAUCAUCUCAUUUUAUAUAUAUGGUUUACACUGCUACCUUUGAUAUGUUGUUGCCAACUGUUUCUUCUAGUAAAUUGUCAACAUAUGGCAGUUUAACUGAAGACUAAAAGUGUGUACAGUGGUUGUAACAGUUUUAGGAAAUAAAGUCACUGCACAUGCAAUUUGAUAAUGA